ACUUACGUUCAUCGUGACCGUUGAUAUAAAGGGCGGCGCUGCCGAGCUCAAGUCCCAUUCUUUCUUUUUCUUUCUUUCUCUUUCUUUUCUCCAAAUUACUCUCGUUCAUCCUCAUAACAGACCUAUUUUUACCCGAUAUUGCACUGGGUGCAAUCCGUUGGGUCUUGUUCGGUUUACUAUAAUACGCUUCAGCCUUUGGUGUCGCGCAUACAAUGCUGGGUGUCCAAACCUAUACUGCUGGGCUUGACGUACCGGAAGACAUACCGCAUUCUCCUCAGGUUCCAGAUCCCGAACGAGCUCGGAAUGUACGACUUGCUCUCCAGAGCUUAGACCCUUUCUUUGCUCGCCCGGAUCAUGAAAAUAGUCGUAGUCCCGCACAUUCCUCCGGUGUUUCUGUCUCAUCUUCAAAAAAAAUCCUUCGACAUAAGAAAAAAUAUCGGCCUCCCCCUCUGACAUUGCCAGUGGAUGUGGAGCAAACUGCGCAGCAAUACACGGGGUCGUUCCUUGAUCAUACGGAGCCGGAAAGCCGACAACUCAAAUCCCAACGUAGUCUGCCCACUCUACGGAGUGUAUCUCUUCCGGUACCCACUCACGCAUAUCGGUCUUCCAUUUCCUCUAAAUUUCCGGCUUCCUCUCCCACAUCCAUGGCGGCUUCAUCUCCCGUUACCACGGGGAUACCUGCCGCAAGCUUUUUGACCGUACCCUCUGCGCAUCCACCCAUCUCACCUUCAACGCCGUCCCCGUCGCCGCCACCGUCCCCCUCAACGACGAAGCGUAAGCGUUUCUCAAGGCUAUGCCGCAAGUUCGGUGAAUCCCCGCCCCCUGAACUCGUCUUUGGCGGGGGUCCUGUGCCUGUGGUUGUAGAGCCCAGGAAGGCCCGUGUGCAGAACGCUGCCUGUUUUGCUCCCAUCACGGAGGAGAGCAUCGCCUUUUUUGCUCCGCCUGUGGUUGUAGAGCCCAGGAAGGCCCAUGCGCAGAACGCUGCCUGUUUUGCUCCUAUAAUGGAGGAGAGUAUCGCAUUUUUUGCUCCCAUCAUGGAGGAGAGCAAAGAGGUCACAUAUGAUCUGGACACCUCUAGUACCAGCACUGGGGGAACGAGCGAGGUUCAUCAUCGACCCUCAACGCUUCUCCUACAAGACGCCGAGAUUCGUCAUCAUGUCCCGACGCAGUAUGACACAGCUUGUAUGCUGGAGAGGAAAGGACGGCGCACCACGCAUCGUGAUUAUGACGACGUAUUGAGACGCCUGAGAAGUCUUUGAACGCUCGAGUACUUCAUUCAUCAAAUCUCAUGUGUUUUGGACCUUGUCAUUUUGCACAUCUUGUAAUAUUUAUCAUCGCGUAGACCGCCCUUUCAUCGCCUUCGCACUGUGCAUAUUGAUAUUUUUUUCAUACACUGAUAGUAAUAAUUGUAAUGCAAGCAACGAGUUCUCAGACGAGCCAGGCGUUCCUCCAGCCAUACCUAACUAUACAGAUACAUAGGAGACACCCACACUCAUCAAACGCAAAGUACAAGGUCUUGUGUUUCACAUCAAUUUGAU